GAUGUUAAAAUUCGUGGUCCUGUUUUUCGUCUUUAUCUGACUAGUAUAUAUGUGUGUAGUUUUUAUUCUGCUUAUCAAGUCAAGAUUAAUGUCCCACUUAUUAAUUAGUGAGUGUGUAGUUUAAGUGUUUAACAGGAACUUCACUUGCUCUCACUCCGUGCUUCGAUCAUAUGCAUUGCUUCACCAGCGUGUGCUAAUUUACAUGUGUAUAUGUGUAUGCUUCUUUGUUUAUACUGAUGGUUGGCAUUGUUUGGAUCUAGUUUUUGCUUGUUUUAAGUUUGUUUCGGUGGCCCAAUGCUUGUGGAAGUUAUCAGUUUCGAGUCUGUUCAGUGAAAUUGGAAGAUUCAAAUAUAUGCUUUUACAGUCUCAGUACUAAGAAGCGGCUUUUGAGUUGGUAGAUUUUGUUAAGUGUUGUAUAUCUGGUCUGCGGUAAAAGAAAAAUGGGUUUUAAUCUACUGACUUGGUAUUGCCGGCCAAUGGACUAUGGCAUUUGGGCACACGAAACAGGGAGUGCAUUCGGUGCUUAUACACCAUGUGGCAUAGAUUCUUUUGUGAUCUGUGUAUCGAACUUGGUGCUGCUUGUUUUGUGCUUAUACCGAAUAUGGCUGAUUACAAGGGGUGCUAAGGUCCAGAGAUUUCGUUUGAGAUCAAAUUUUUAUAACUACAUGUUGGGAUUUUUAGCUGCUUACUGUACUGUUGAGCCUUUGUUCAGAUUGGUUACCGGGGUUUCAAUCUUUAACUUGGAUGGCCAGACUGAAUUUGCUCCUUUUGAGGUGGUUUCUUUGAUUAUUAAUGCUCUUUCUUGGGGUUUCGUCGUGUUGAUGAUUGCUGUGGAAACAAAAAUCUAUGUACGGGAAUUUCGAUGGUACAUCCGCUUUGGAGUUAUAUAUCUCCUUGUUGCAGAUACUGUGGUGCUGACUUUUGUGAUCUCGUUAAUGAGUUUUUACACAAGGUCUAUAUUGUUUGACUACCUGGGUACAUUCUUCUGCAAGAUUCUGUUCGGAAUGCUGCUCCUUGUUUACGUUCCGCAUUUGGAUCCUUACCCGAACUACAUUCCACUGUCAACCGAAUCUUUUGAUGACACAAAGUAUGAAGCACUUCUUGGAGGUGAACAUGUUUGUCCUGAGAGAGAGGCCAACAUGUUUUCGAGGUUGUUUUUUGGGUGGAUGACUCCACUUAUGCAGCAAGGAUACAGAAGACCUAUUACUGAAAAGGAUGUUUGGAAGCUAGAUACAUGGGAUCAGACUGAAACGUUAAGGAAAAAGUUCCUGGAUUGCUGGAUGAAAGAAUCUCAAAAGGAGAAGCCAUGGCUAUUACGUGCUUUAAAUUGUAGUCUUGGAAGAAGGUUCUGGUUUGGUGGAUUUUUCAAAAUUGGAAAUGAUCUAUCACAAUUUGUCGGACCUGUUAUAUUGAACCAUCUCCUGCAGUCACUGGAGCGAGGUGAUCCAGCUUGGAUUGGCUAUGUAUAUGCCUUCCUAAUUUUUGUUGGGGUGUCAUUAGGAGUGCUGUGUGAAGCUCAGUAUUUUCAGAAUGUGAUGCGUGUUGGAUUCAGACUAAGAUCUACCCUGGUGGCUGCUGUAUUUCGCAAAUCUCUAAGGUUGACCACUGAGGGGAGAGAAAAAUUUCCUCCAGGAAGGAUAACGAAUAUGAUGACAACAGAUGCUAAUGCACUUCAGAAAAUAUGCCAACAACUUCAUGGUUUGUGGUCUUCACCAUUUCGUAUAAUCAUGGCUUUGGUUCUUCUCUACCAGCAAUUGGGUGUUGCUUCAAUUCUUGGUUCUCUUGUUUUAUUGCUUAUGAUUCCCUUACAGACAUUCAUUGUGAGCAAAGCGCGGAAGUUAUCCAGAGAAGGGCUGGAAUGUACCGACAGAAGAGUAGGUUUAAUGAAUGAAAUUAUUGCUGCCAUGGAAACUGUGAAAUGUUAUGCAUGGGAGGAGAGCUUUCAAACAAAAGUUCAAAGCAUGCGAAAUGAGGAAUUGUCAUGGUUCCGGAAAGCGCUGCUGCUAGGAGCGUGUAACAGUUUUAUACUAAACAGCAUCCCGGUUCUCGUGACGGUUAUCUCCUUUGGAUGUUUCACUUUUCUUGGAGGAGAAUUGACCCCUGCAAGGGCCUUCACAUCACUUUCUCUGUUUGCAGUAUUGCGUUUUCCUCUGAAUAUGCUCCCGAAUUUGAUAACUCAGGCUGUCAAUGCCAAUGUCUCCCUGCAGAGGCUAGAGGAACUAUUCCUAAGUGAGGAGAGGAUUCUCUUACCCAAUCCACCACUUCAACCAGGGCUUCCAGCUAUCUCAAUAAAAAAUGGAACAUUUUCUUGGGAUCCAAAGACUGGAAAGCACACAUUGUCAGAUGUAAAUGUGGACAUAAAAGUUGGAAGCCUGGUAGCAAUUGUUGGGGGUACUGGAGAAGGAAAGACGUCACUUCUUGCAGCAAUGCUUGGAGAGCUUCCUCCUAUAGUAGAUGGAAGUGUUGUCAUCAGAGGAACUGUUGCCUAUGUUCCUCAAAUUUCUUGGAUUUUCAAUGCCACUGUACGUGGGAACAUAUUGUUUGGAUCAGAAUUUGAAGCAGCACGAUAUUGGCGGGCAAUAGAUGUAACCGCACUGCAGCAUGACCUUGACUUGCUUCAUGGACAUGAUUUAACGGAGAUAGGUGAAAGAGGGGUGAAUAUUAGUGGGGGACAAAGGCAAAGAGUCUCUAUGGCCAGGGCAGUGUAUUCCAACUCUGAUAUUUACAUAUUUGAUGACCCUUUAAGUGCUCUAGAUGCUCAUGUUGGUCAAGAGGUUUUUAACAAAUGUAUCAAGGAUGAGUUGCAUGGAAAGACUAGAGUACUUGUUACAAAUCAGCUACAUUUUCUUCCUCAAGUUGAUAAAAUUUUAUUAGUUUCGGAAGGUAUGGUGAAAGAGGAGGGUACCUUCGAAGAGCUUUCCAGAAAUGGGCUGCUUUUUCAAAAACUAAUGGUAAAUGCUGGGAAAAUGGUAGAUCAUGUUAAUGAAAAUGAUAUGAGGCCAGCUGUUGACUGUAAUUCUUCAACCCCUACUGCAAAUGGGGGAGAUAUUGACAUUCAAAAUGGUGCAAGAUAUGAAAAAGCAAAGAAAGGAGGUGAGGCUGUUCUUAUUAAAAAGGAAGAGCGGGAGACAGGUGUUGUCAGUUGGAAUGUUUUAGCCAGGUAUAAAAAUGCCUUAGGAGGCCUAUGGGUUGUCUUGAUAUUGUUCUCCUGCUAUAUCUCGACUGAGGUCCUCCGAAUUUUGAGUAGUACAUGGUUAAGUAUUUGGACAAAACAAAGUAGUUCAACGAAUUACGGGCCUGGUUUCUAUAUUUUUGUUUAUGCGGUAUUAUCAUCUGGCCAGGUGUUGGUGACACUAGCGAAUUCAUUUUGGAUAAUUACAUCAAGUCUUUAUGCUUCUAAAUGUCUGCAUGAUUCAAUGCUGUACUCGAUGCUUAGAGCUCCUAUGGUAUUCUUCCACACUAAUCCAAUCGGAAGGAUGAUCAACAGAUUUGCAAAAGAUCUGGGUGAUAUAGACCGGGAAGUUGCCACUUUUGGUAAUAUGUUUUUAAGCCAAGUGUUCCAGCUCCUUUCAACGUUUGUACUUAUAGGCAUUGUGAGUACGAUAUCCCUGUGGGCGAUAAUGCCACUUCUGAUACUGUUUUAUGCAGCUUAUCUCUACUACCAGAGCACGGCCCGUGAAGUAAAACGCUUGGAUUCUAUUACAAGGUCACCUGUGUAUGCCCAGUUUGGAGAAGCGCUGAAUGGUUUGUCCACAAUUCGUGCAUACAAAGCAUAUGAAAGAAUGGCUAAUAUUAACGGAUUAUCUAUGGACAACAAUAUUAGAUUCACCCUGGUUAACAUAAGUUCAAACCGCUGGCUGACAAUAAAAUUGCAGACUUUAGGAGGUCUCAUGAUUUGGCUGACAGCAACAUUUGCUGUAAUGCAGAAUGGAAGAGCAGAAAACCAGGUCGCAUUUGCAUCGGCUAUGGGACUUCUCCUCAGCUAUUCUCUAAAUAUCACAACUUUGUUAAGUAAUGUUUUAAGAUUAGCUAGUAAUGCUGAAAAUAGCUUAAACUCUGUUGAGAGAGUAUGCACAUAUAUAGAUAUGCCCUCUGAGGCUUCAACUGUAAUUGAGACCAACCGACCUCCACCUGGAUGGCCAUCUCACGGGUCAAUCAAAUUUGAAGAUGUUGUUUUGCGUUACAGGCCUGAACUUCCUCCUGUUUUGCAUGGUUUGUCUUUUACAAUAUCUCCCAGAGAAAAGGUUGGUGUAGUUGGAAGAACUGGUGCAGGGAAAUCAAGUAUGCUCAAUGCUUUAUUUCGGAUUGUAGAACUGGAAAAAGGAAGAAUCCUGAUUGAUUAUUGUGAUGUUGCAAAGUUUGGAUUGGCAGAUUUGCGCAAGGUCUUGACUAUCAUACCACAAAUACCAGUUCUUUUCUCUGGAACUGUUCGAUUUAAUCUUGAUCCAUUCAAUGAACACAAUGAUGCUGACAUUUGGGAAGCUUUAGAUCGUGCACAUUUGGAUGAUGUUAUCAGGAAAAAUGCACAUGGGUUAGAUGCCAAGGUUUCAGAAGGAGGGGAAAAUUUCAGUGUUGGGCAGAGGCAACUUUUGAGUCUUGCUCGGGCAUUGUUAAGGAGAUCAAAGAUUCUUGUUCUUGAUGAAGCAACAGCAGCUGUUGAUGUUGCAACCGAUGCUCUUAUACAGAAUACCAUUCGAGAAGAAUUCAAAUCAUGCACUAUGCUUAUUAUCGCCCAUCGGUUGAACACAAUCAUCGACAGUGACAAAAUUCUUGUGCUUGAUGCUGGCCAGGUUGUAGAAUAUGAUGCUCCUGAGAAACUUUUAUCGAAUGAAAAUGGUGCUUUUUCUAAGAUGAUCCAAAGUACAGGAGUAGCUAACGCACAAUACUUAUACAGCUUAGUUCUUGGAUGUGAGGGAGUAAAGAAUUCAAAGAGGAACCAGACUGCACACCUGGAUAGGCAACGUACUUUGGCCUUCUCUCACUGGGCUGCCGCAGCACAGUUUGCUGUCCUUAAUAAUAUCUGUUCUCUGCAGAACAACCUUCGACCAUUGGAAUCGGAAUAUGAGAACAAUAUUCUGAACAAAGCAAAGGAUUCUGUUGAUACUUUAAAGGUGAUUUUGGAAGGAACACAUGACAAGCUCAUUAAUGAGGCACUCGAUAAAUAUCAGGUUCCCGCAGAUAACUGGUGGUCAGCACUCUACGGAGUGGUUGAAGGUCUGGCUAUAAUGAGUAGGCUGGCUCAAAACAGGCUUGGGCAUACUGGGAAUGGUUUGGAAGACGCACCAGUCUAUUCAGAACUUGAUGAGAUCUAAAAAUAGAGAAGGUAUCUUCUGCUUCAAACUGAAUUGAGCCUGGAGGGGCUAAUAACUACCCUGCCAAAUGUUUAUUCAACUACAUUGUAGGUAGCUGAUUUACAAAUAUAGCUUAUACUUUUUACUCACAUAUUUUCCCAGGGACCUGGUCAUCUUGGACAUCAAAAUUCUGUAACAACAUUAUUGUAUAAAUAUAUCUACCUUGUUAAUUGAAGGAAUGAGGAGAAAUUCGAAUCACAGCAGACGUGAGGGAAGCAGCUAUUAUUAACUAUUAUCCCGUAUUACAAUAUGUUUGGAACACAAGUUAUGAGGUGAGAGCCCUCAGUUGAAAACGGUAAGAGGUGGUUAAUUUAAAAAUCACUGGUUACAAUUAAAUAAAAAUUAACUUAAGUUUUAGUGUA